GAAGAAGAAGAAGAAGAAGAGAAGAAAAGUUUCAAACGUGAAAAAUGCAAACGCGGUGACAAAAACGCGACCGAUCGCUGUCUUCGAAAUUGGUAUUUGGGCAUUUUAAUGGCGAUUUAGAGUGCGACCGACCAUACCCAUCUGCCAUUUCAGCGUGAUUCCAAGUUCGGCCAAACUCAUUGAUUCUUUUUGUGAUUUUGAGAGAACCCUUUCUUUUGUUUAUCUAUAUUUAAGCAACGAGGGGGAGAUAUUUAGAGUUGAAUCUGUUUUGGCCCCAAAUUUUCUCUAUAACCCGAGAAAUUUAUCUGGCUCUUAGAGGAGUUUAUCUUCUUUUCACCGAUUAUCUCUGGAUUCUUAUCCAUUUUCUGAUCUUCUGUUUCGCCCCUCGCAGAGAAAGAGGGAAAAGGGGCGGAAAAUUAUAUCCGAAUCUCGGUAAAAUUAUACCCGAAUCCCGCCCUCACCCAAUUCCUUCGCUCCUUGUGUUUUCUUCGCUAUUUGGCUUUGUGGGUCGUUUCGUUUUUUUGACUUUGGGAGCUGAUGGCGGUGGAUUCGUUCUUGUUGGAGGCGGCGGAGGCUUCAACUGCCUACGAUUUUGCGUUUAAGAUUUUGAUGUUCAUUGUUCGUUUGUGGGUGGGGAUUAUUGUGGGGGUGUUGGUGGGAUGGAUUUGGAAACCUAAAUGGGCGGAUUUCGGUAGUGAUUUAUUCCAUUCUUCAAAGUUGAAGGACAAUCUGUUGUCUUGCUCUGUUGGAUCAAUUUCUGGCUUGAAUUUGGUGAAGAUUCAACUACCCAGAUGCUUGAAUUUGAUGUCAAAUUGUGUGGAUGAAAAAGAAGUUCUACUUGACCCACCUACCACCGCCCUCUCUAGUUCAUCACAACUCGAAGGCGAAAAUCGAGCCCAGUUAACUGAGGAGGAUUUAAAGCAUUUAUACAGGCUUGUUGAGGAGAAAGAUGGAGGAGCCUCAUGGAUUCAAAUGAUGGAUCGCUCUACUGCUACCAUGAGCUAUCAAGCAUGGCGGAGAGACCCUGAGACCGGGCCACCGCAGUAUCGAAGCCGAACGAUUUUUGAGGAUGCAACACCUCAGAUGGUGAGGGAUUUCUUUUGGGAUGAUGAAUUUAGACAGAAAUGGGAUGAUAUGCUUGUAAAUGCUCAAACUUUGGAGGAGUGUCCUACCACAGGGACCAUGACAGUCCACUGGGUGCGCAAGUUCCCUUUCUUCUGUAGUAAUCGAGAAUACGUGAUCGGACGAAGAAUUUGGGAAUCGGGACAGUCAUAUUACUGUGUGACAAAGGGUGUGCCUUGUUCCUCAGUACCUAGACAAAACAAGCUAAAACGUGUCGAUCUCUACUACUCGAGUUGGUGCAUCCGUGCAGUGGAGUCGAAAACGGGGAACGGGCAGCUAAGUGCAUGUGAGGUGUCGCUAUUUCACUACGAAGACAUGGGCAUUCCAUGGGAAAUUGCCAAGCUUGGAGUGAGGCAGGGGAUGUGGGGAGCUGUGAAGAAGAUGGAUCCCGCGUUACGUUUGUAUCAAAAGCAUAGAGCGACGGAGGCCCCGGUUUCGAAGUGUGUAGUGAUGGGGAAUAUCAACACAAAAGUGAGUACUGAGUUUCUGAGAUGCUCAGAAGAAGAUGCAUCUGAUGAUCCCACAGAGGUGAACAAAAGGUUGGAGCCCUCUGAAAAAGCAGCAGCAGGGAAGAACUUUCCAAAGCUUCUUAUGGUGGGUGGAGCGAUUGCCCUUGCUUGUACUCUCGACCACGGCCUCUUAACGAAAGCAGUUGUAUUCGGAGUUGCUCGGAGAUUUUCGAACAUCGGAAAGAGAUGAUCGGUGCAAAGAAGCCCGUAAUCAGCUUCAGCUUUGACGAAAGUUCUGAAGGUGGUAAUUUUGUUUUAACCCUCUUGAGUUGUAAAAAGAAGAUUUGGAAUGGGGAAAGUAGAAUUGUAUGAUUGUAUUUUGUUUUCCCAUCUCCUCAUCUUCCUGUUAUUUUGGAGUGGAAGUGUUUGUAGAAUAAUGAGUAGGGGAAAGUAAGAAGCAAUGUUAGGUAGCUGUUUUUUUUUUUUUUUUAAUUUUUAUGGCCAUCUCUUACUAGCUUUAGUCCCGAUUCUCCAAUAUACGAGAACGAAGAAUCCGAAGUAAUAUAUUUACUUGCUCAUUGUAA